UUGGAACAUGGCGGAUGCAUUGUGAAACUUCCCUUCCCAUUAAUAUCUGUAACAUAAAUAUAAAGGUAGAUAUCGCGAUAGAUUUGGGUACAUCGGACUGACGGUAACGCCCGCAGGAAGCAAAAAGUAAACCGAGGCUUUUUCGAUGCUGCACACCGCCAGAAGAUUAACACAAGUGUCCGAUGGCGGCAAUCUCUGAACGUGACCGCUGUCUCGAGAUUGAGCGCGGCAUCAGUCGCCUCCUGCUUGCGACGAAUGACGGGACGGGGUUGUGUGCCGAAGAAUGCCCGUCAUUCGUGGAAACCGGCGUUCCUGCGUCGCGAGUCUUGAAACUUGAAGGCUCAAACCUUCCUUCGCCUUCCGAAGAAAAAUUCAAGCCCCUGCCACGUCCGCAAAAGGUACGGAAACGAGACCGAAAGAAAAACGCAGAAAAAAACUUGCCAGCAGAAUCGCUGAACAGGGCUGCAAGCUCAGCAGCCCCAUCUGGAACGGAGCAUGGUGGGGACAGUUUGGGCGAGGAUUGCAAGGUCCAGAAGAAAGGCACGGCAGAAACUGGGAACGGAGAGCCUUCCGUUGGACCCGCUAAGGGGACGGAAGCGACGAAAGAUUCCAACAGCGAUACGAAUUCUACGCGGGAUAAAAAAGGAGGCGGACAGCAGGAGUCCGGUUCCGACACGAAGGACGCGAGCGGUGGGGGACAGCUCGAGAAGCCGGACCCGAGACAACAGAAGGAGAAGGAAAGCAGAAAGGAGAGGGGCCGGAACAAGGCCCCGCCCGCGGGUCAGCCCGACAGGGCAAAGCGGCAGGGAGGCCGCGGAAAGAAAGGAAAUGCUCAGAACAGGAAGCAGCAGGCGGGUUCGGCGGAGCCAAAAACCGGUGCUCGAAACGCGAAGGAGAGGGAAAACAAGAUUCCUCGUCACUCCGAAAGCGCCGCGCAACCUUCCGGAACAGACGACAAUGCAGCAGCGUGUGAUGCGCCAGAAGCGCAACCUGUAAUGGACAGUCAGUUCCUGUUGAGGAACAAGAAAGUUUUGUACCUUAAUGACCUCGAACGGGAUCUUCUAAGCAGCACGCCACAGCUGGACACUCUUCGUAUGCAGGGCAGUGAAGGCAAUCACACUUCGCAAGUUCCUGCAGGACAGCAGGAAUCAAAUAAGGACACAGGGGGAGAAAUGGGUUUUGAGGGUGCGGGGAUGGAGUUAGAUGCAUUGUUUGCUGAGAAGAUAGAGCUGUUCAAGACACACCAUAUACAGCUGCUGAAGAAGAAGUCUGCACGAUUUCCCCGUGCCCGCUUCUACUGCCAGCUCUGUCACAGGCACCUUGACGACCAAUUUUACGUUGAAAAGCACAUGGAUCACGACGAUCACGCAGUGAGGAAGAAGGUCAAAGACAUGCGGCUCGAGAUAAAGAACCUACCCUACCCUGUCGACGCGCAAACAGCCGCCAUUACUGAGCUGAUCGAGGAAGUUGCUGCGAGGCACAGCCUCUCCGCCGCCGAUGUUGAAUGGAGGAAAGAGAUCGUCAACGAUCUGGAAAGCUUCCUAGCCGAAUCUAUCCCCGACGUGAAAUUGGUCCUCUAUGGUUCGUCUCGAAGCGGGUUUGGGCUGAAAGACAGCAACAUCAACGUUGAGCUGGUCUUCGGCAAAGAGGACAACUGCGCGGACAUCUUGACGGCAGCCUCCGAAGCUUUGUCGAAAAACGUGGAAUGCAAUACGUUGAUGAAGAAGUUUGAAGACAGAGUCCCGCGGAUCCAGUUCGUUGACAGAAGGUCGAACCUGACGUGCGAAUUGUGUGUCAACAACUCAAACUCGCAAAAGACGACGAAACUUCUUGCCGACUAUGCCUCUCUGGACCCCCGAGUUAAAACGUUAGGGGUAGCAUUCCGCCAGUGGGCACGGGUGUGCGCUCUCGACAGUCAGGACCGAGGAACGCUGCCACCACAUGCAUAUCCGAUCAUGACAAUCUAUUUUCUGCAACAGUGCAAGCCUCCAGUACUGCCAGUUUUGCACGAGAUGAAAAAGAACGACGACACGGAGUCAUAUACGAGCCCCGACGAGCUGCGUAAGGACGGCUUGUGGACGUGCCAAAACGACCGUACCGUCGGCCAACUCUGGGUCGAGCUGCUCCGCUUCUAUUCCGUGGAGUUCAAGCUGAACAAGCGUGCCGUCUGCAUCCGCCGAUCGAAGCCCCUCCUGCACGCGGAGAAGAAGUGGAACAAACGCUACAUCGGUAUCGAGGAUCCGUACUCGAGGAAGCGGAACCUGGCACGUUCCAUCCCCAGCGAACAGGUGUUCCUCUUUCUGAAACGCUGCCUGAGGACUUCGGCCGUGUACUUUCAUAUCCCGCAGCUGGCGCGGGGGCCAAUGUUUACCGCGCUUCCGGGACCUCUGCUCUACAACGACGAUUCAGAGUGCGAAGACGACAACGACGACAGCCAGCAGAGUGGACGGAACGACUCCAGGAAGAAGACGACAAACCAGAAUGCUGGGAAUAAAGGAAACGACGAGCACGACGAAGAUGAUGACGACGACGAAGACGAUGCAAGUUCGACAUCGUCCGGAGUCCCCGACCUGGACGAACAGGAUCCAGACCUCAACCUCGACGAGGUUGUAAGAGUGAUCUCAGACAUGGAUCUCGGAGAAGAUCCGAAAGUGCCGGAGUCUAAAAAACCCGGGAAGUCCGGAAGUAAGAGAGAGCACGCGGAGAAGACUGCCCAGUUUGUGAAACCGGGACCUCCCAUUCCCGACGACUUGAGGGAGGAACUGGAAAAGAUGGUGCCCGAGGAUUUCGUGUACGAGUUCAACAAGAGGGUGCUCGCGGGUGGGAAGAGUCCGCCUCUUGUCUGCCUCUACUGUCAGAAGAAAGGUCACUUGCAACACCACUGCCCGGAACAACAACUUCCGCGGCUGAAGGAACUUCCAGCCAUGACAAGGAGUUUCAUGAUUACCCUCAACAACAUAUGCUUCGAUGUUCUAGAUAUGAUAUCACCACGCCCUCAUGAAGAACAUACGAGGCAGAAGCUGCUCAGUGAGCUUGAAGCCUUCAUUCGAGAACUGUACAAAGAUGCAAAGCUGUCACUGUUUGGCUCGUCGUGCAACGGCUUUGGACUCAUCCGCAGCGACCUCGACAUAUGUUUGACAUUCGAAAGCAGCAAAGAUGGAAAGGAACUCAACCAUGAACAGAUGAUUGUGGAACUUGCAAAGAAGCUGCAGACACACCCUGACCUCGAAGGCAUUAUCGCGAUAACCACUGCCAAGGUGCCCAUAGUCAAAUUCGUCCACAAGCCAAGCAUGCUUGAAGGAGAUAUUAGUUUGUACAACAUGUUGGCUCAACACAACACGCGUUUACUGAAGGUGUAUAGCGACAUCGACGACCGUGUGAAGGUUCUCGGCUACACGUUCAAACAUUUUGCAAAAGUCUGCGACAUAGGAGAUGCUUCUCGGGGUAGUCUGUCGUCGUAUGCGUACAUCCUGAUGACCCUGUACUACCUACAGCAGUGCCAACCUCCGGUGAUACCAGUUUUGCAAGAGCUGUACGAAGAGGGGCAAGCUAAACCGGAAGUUGCGGUUGAUGGCUGGAACGCCUGGUUCUACGACGACGUGAACAGCCUGCAAACAGUCUGGAAAGAAUUCGGGCAGAACAACGAGUCCGUCGGAGAGCUCUGGCUGGGAAUGCUCAGAUUUUACACGGAGGAGUUCAACUUCAAGGAGCACGUGGUCUGCAUUCGGCGGAAGAAGCCGUUGACGAGGCUCCAGAAGAUGUGGACGUCGAAGAGCAUCGCCAUCGAAGACCCCUUUGACCUGGAUCACAACCUUGGGUCGGGAGUGUCCCGAAAAAUGUACACGUACAUCAUGAAGGCUUUUAUUAAGGGUCGCGCAAUGUGUGGUACACCGCUGAAGAGGCUGCCAAGUUCCUACCCCGAUUACAUGUCAUUUUUCUUCGACCGUCAUCAACUGACAGACGGGUACCCUCCAAACGACAGAGGCUGUCGGGCCUGCGGAAAAAUUGGGCACCGCGUGAAGGAGUGUCCGAAGCGGAGGUGCCCGAGAUCGUCCGCUGCAAACCAGGACGAGACCCAACGACGCAGCUUCGCGGAGCGCAUCAUGACCUACAUCCCGCGGCAGCAGACGCAGCAGCGCCCACCACGCCGGACGUUCCCCGGCGAUAAUAAGCGAAGACGACCGCCCGCUCCGCAUGGCGGAGACGAGUUCGACGACGACGGCGGAGGCGGCGAAAUUUUGGGCAGGAACGAAGACAGUGAGUGUGGCCGAAGUGGAACUCUCAAUCCCGAUGCGACAGGUAGAAUGCUCGCGGAGCAGCAUGUGUUUGAACAGGCGGGGGCUAGAGUUGAUGAUGCUAAAACGGGAGCGGGUACAAGUUCUGGCGAUGAGGGCAUGCCGUCCCCACAGUUGGGCACGGAAGAUUCUCACCGAGAGCAAAACGGUAACGGUAGUGUUGCGGAUCUUAGCAAUGUCGUGGGAUCGACCGGGGGCACGCCGGGGAGUUGCUGGUCUGCAGACGGUGACCUGUCGUGGGAGCUGGACAACGGCAGCGAGGGGAACUCCAGCAAUUCUAAAAAUGAUCCGGACUGUUGGAAGGAGCAGACGUCGACGCCAAAAACGGAGGAGUCGCGUGAGGUUGGCCGCGACGGGACUUUAUCAGACGGGGAGACUGCCGGGGAAUGCUUGUUGUCACCGUUGGACAAUCUUAGCGUGUCGGCUAUAGAGGACAGUUUUUGCCAGGGUGAGCCCGAGCCGCAUUUAGGGGAGGAAUGCGUGCCGCAGUUUCACGCGGGUACAAACGAGGUGGGCACGGUUGAAGCGGUUCAGGAAGGGUGGGAAAAGCGCGGCACUGAAAUGGAAGUACCGUUGGUGCCGGUAACUGGCCAAAAUAGUGGAAGUAAGUCACUAUCAGCGCAUGAACAGCAUCAAAAUUGGACACCAAUCUUGCGUCAGGGCUCAAAUGACCGCGACGCAAUCCAGGGGACUGAGCCAAAACCCCCAGAUUACAGCCCGGAUAUAAACUCAACAUUGAAGCAGGGUUUCAAUGGCAGGGUCCUAAACAAUGAAACUACUACUUCAGGGACCAAAGCACCUAAGGUUACGCACCAAUCGGAGCCGCCCCAGUUAAGCGGCGAAAAUGGUAGGAAAAUUCCCAGACGAAAUUUUCAAACUAUCCUGCACCCAAGGCAACAGGGAGUUUCGGUGAUAAGCACUCCCUUCUUGCCAGCACAGGCGCGUAGGGUAGGAAAAGGCGGCCGGGGCAGGUCGAAACCAGCGCAAAAAUUUAACUCCACUUUGCCGAACGUCGGUUCUGAACACGAAAGAGCCGACCAGGUUACAGAGAGGACAGAUCCUCCGCUGAGUGACAACGACACUCGGGGGAUGGCGCGGAGGAGGUUGCUCGACAAGACCCUCCUCGUGCAGCAGAUGAAAGCCAUUCAGAAGGACAGCUGUCGCAGAAUUUCUCACAAAAUGUGAUGUGACGUGAAAAGGUUAUGUAGUUCGAGCAUGAUUAUUGGACUGUUAUGCACCAUGAAACAUUGUAAAGUAGCUGUACAUAGGAGUGCUAUGCCUCUCUGUGUGUUUUUUGUUGAUGCGGACCAAGGGACCGAGUACCCGUGUCACUAGUCGUUGAGCUGACGCAGUGCGAUGAGUUUUUUGUGUGAAACCCACUUGUUUUUAGACAGAGCACGGACAUAGCACUGUCUUGUGUGUGAGAAGUACAAUGAUCUUGUUUGUGCUAUGAAUCCAGUGUAGCCUCGUUUUAAUUGGCCACUUAAAAAAGAUACAUGUGCGUCUUGC